CCUUCAUAAUUUAUAGCCCCUCUCACUCCUCAUUUCCUUUGUUACAACCUCAACAAAUAUUGCAAAAACACCCUUCUCUUUGUUUUGCUCUCUCAUCUUCAUAAUUUUUCUUUUUCCGCAUUGGGAUGGUGAGAGGAUCGUACGCACUAGCUAAGAGCUGAAGCUAGAGUUUUUGUGAGGCUUUUUGUGAUUUUUGGUCAGUGGCAUUGUAUAAUUUUCCUUUUUUUUUUUUUUUUUCAAAGAGGAAUAUGAAUUGUUCUAAUAGAGAUCAGUACUACUACUGCCACAAGGGGUCCGCCGUGGCGAGGUGGAGGAGGAGGAGGAGGCGGUCGGCGGCGCGGCGGGGGUCGGUGAAGUCGAAGGUGAAGAGGCUGCAAAUGUUGAUUCCUGGAGGGAGAGGAUUGAAGCCGGACCACCUCUUUCUCCGGACGGCGGAUUACAUCUUGCAUUUGAGGUUGCAAGUUAAUUUUUUGCAAGCUCUUUCCAAGAUUUAUCAUAAACCAUGAUCGUCUGAUCUCUCUCUCUCUCUCUCUCUCUCUCU